AUGGGUAGUCAUUCAUCAAAGUAUUUAAAAACCAAGGAUAUUGAUCAUUAUGGACCAGAAGAACAAUUGAUUGUUUACAAGGACAUCUUACAAUCCUUACAAAUUCAAGAUAACUUUGAUAAAGAUCAUACUCAAGGUGAUAGUGAAUUUAUAAUUACCAAAAAAUUAAAACAUUAA